AUGUGCAUUGAUGGAUUAGUACUGCUCACAUAUGUUCCCCAUGAUGAGACAAUGUGUCGGGUGCAUGAUUAUUGAUCUGUGCUUAUAGCAAUCAAUGCAACAUUCUGAAUUCCAUGAUGACGUACCAUCAGCUGGGAGUGUAAGAGCACAAUUCAAAUGUAGCAAAGUAUUUAUACCUAUGUAUAAUUUAUCAGAUCAACCACAAAUUUAGUAAUGUUAUAAAAAAAAUUUCAUUGACCUGAUGGAAUAAUAAAUUAAAAUUCACAGAUCAUUAAAGAAAGUAGUCCUCAAUUAUGAUUACUUAGUUGCAGGCAUUUGGCAGUCUAAGAAAUGUUACAUUCAUUUGAGUUUUAAAGCAGCAUUCCUCCAGAUCGUUCAACAACAAUUUUUUUUUUUUUUUUAGGUAUCUUGAAAUAAAUGCUAUAUUUCUUAAGAAGGCUCUAAAACUUAAUUACAUUUGUACUGACAAACUUUAUGUUACGGAAACAUGAGAAUGCUGUUUUUACUACUUUUUACGAUGAAAAUCGAAAAGCGUUUGUCAUACUUUUACUCCAUGUAAACUCGAUUAUAAAUACCUAUAUUUUGAAGUCAUUAUUCACUACUUCAGCUAUAGCGCUAUUGGUUACGAUGACGGGAAAAUGUCUUUAUUGCCUUGGUGGUCCAGGGUUCGAUUCCCGACGCGGUCAUCUUUUUUUCUUGAUUUGGAACUUUUAAAAUAUUUUAGAAACAAAAAUUCAUAGUCUAAUGUUCAUAAUAAGACCAAACUUCAGUUUGAAAGAAAGAUUAUUUUUUAGCCAAAUCUGGAGGCAUGCUGCUUUAACCAGAAUUUUAAUACAAAUGUAUUGUUAAUUCCAUAUUGCACUUGCGCUGUUUAGCAGUUAUUUUCCUUGCCAGUUUUUCCUAUGCUUUCUAUGUACCUACCUAUUGUAGAUCUAGCUAUUAAGGGUAGUAGGAACAGUUUUAUCUUGAUGUCUGAUUUUGAUGUGUGUGUAAACCUUUUUGUGGACCUAGGUUUUUUCAGUGUGUGCUUGUAUUGUUUAUGAGUCGAUUUUUGAGUCAUUUAUUGAGAACCCUAAAAAUACAUGUAUACCCUUAACCGGUAUUUCAGUGCUGGUCAGUAACAGUUUUAAGUUUCAAAAGAGUUUCUGCUAUAGUUUGAUAAUCCAACAUCUAAACUUAAAAAAUCCCCAAGAAGAAAAAUUGUAAGAAUUGUUGUAAAUGAAUAAUCCAGGCUUUCACAUGAUGACCCCCACCCUCUGAAACAGCUAGAUACUUUCACGUUGAACCGAGACUUGCGAUCAUUUGUACUAGCUCUGAAAAAAUAAGGCUUUUUUUGAAAAAGUUCUUUUUUAAAAUUAAGAACAGAUAUAUUAUUGUGUUUGCAGACAAAAACGUUUUAAAAUAAGUGGUUUCUGUUUUCUGUAAGAAGGUUAUAUAUUACCUUAGUGAUUUUAGAUAAGCAAAUUUUGUGCCAAAAUUUUCUGUUGUGUAUAUUUCUAUUUUAAUGCAAGUAAUACUAUCUUCUUUUUAUUUUUGUUUAACUGUCAUUUGAUUUGCCACAACAUACAUAAAAUUUAGAAACAGGAAAUAGCUGCAAGUGCAAAUUCUCCAAAGGCUCGGAUCAAUGAGAAGGCUCGGAAUUACGAGAAAGAGGCAUACCGUGAGUGCACAAUCAGAGAGUUUUUAUGUGAGUUCAGAGAUAAAACCAAAGUCAGAGAUCAUGUAUGUGUGGCAGGUGGUCAACGUUAUCAUGGCUGCCUUCUUCAUCUUGGCAGCCAUUGCAAAUAUGAAUGAUGAUGACUGGUACUUGUGGGUUCCCAUCUAUUUACUGCCAGGACUGUUGUCAGCAUCUAUAGUUGUUAAACCAUCUUUUGCUGAAACAAAGUUUUAUGAGUCUUCAACAGUGAUAUUUUUCACCCUGUGUUGUGCAUAUGCCCUUUACCAAAUUGUAUUACUGCUCGAAGCCAUUGGUAACAGGCUGGAAAAUCCUUUACAACAUGAAGCUGGAAGAGAGAUGGGAGGCUUGUUGAUAAUAAUCACAUGGCUUGGUGUGUGCAGGUUUACCAAUAUUGGAAGACCGAAUGCACCAGUUACAAGUAAAGGUUUGAUGAGUGCUCUACUCCUGAUGACAGUAACUCUGACAGUACUUCCUCUCUUCCUCUGGUCUCUCUGUUUUGUCAGUGAUUGGCAUAAAAGGAUUGGACAUUGCUCGGGGAUGUUCUCAUAAAGAAAUGCAUGCUAUGGAUAACUAGAGUGACAUACUACAGUCGGCUUUUCUACCUGCUACCUGUUGAACUGGUGAAAGACAACAUUGUAAUUGAUAAAGCUGUUACGCAAAUUCUGACAAUUUUUUGAUUUACUGUCUUUUUUUAUGUGACAGUAGACAUUUUGCUUUAUAUUCUUCCAGUUGCAUUUAGAUAAGCUUAUUCUAGCAUAAAUAUAAUUUAUGCUUCAUAUUUAAAAAAAAAAUGGUUGGUUAGGGUUGAAAGCAGAACAUUUUUCUUGUACACUAGUGGCAAUCAAACAAAAAGGAAUAAACAGCCUUUUCAAAACAUUUUCCCAUAUAUGGCUUAGUUUAGAGUUUUUACUGAAAUAAAAAGUAGCCUAUAUGGACCAAAGUUUGGUUUGUAUAAUUAUUAUGGGGUCACAGAGAUCCAUUCAAUAACUUUUGUAUUGAAGUGAAACUUGGUCAACAGGUAGCUUAAAGUAAGACCAAUGUAAGGAUUUCAAAGUUAACUUAACAACUACUGUGAAAAAGAAUUAACUUAUUUAUUAGAAAAGAGCAGUUUAGAUGCAAUUUUAUUUCUGUAGAAAAGUGUUGAUAACGACAGUUUUUCAAGUAAUUUUUGCUACUUCUGUUUCUAGAAUAAUUUAUUCCCAUUAACAAACUGAAUUUGUGACAAUUUGAUUGUCAAGACAACAGUUUCUCUUAAAUAUUAGUAGGAGAAAAGUCAAAACUACUAUCCUGCUACAUGUGUUUAAUUUACACAUACUGUUAUCUUUGAGAUCAGUUGCAAAAUGAAAGGAAUUCAUUGAGGAGUUCCUGUUCUUGGAUUACGAGGAAAAGAAUGAAAAUUAAGAAAUAAUUUAUAGCAAAAGAGUGCUUUAACACUUAUUUAUGCACGA